AUGUCUGUGUGUGCAGGUCCCCCCCACCUGAUCAGCAUCCAUACAAAAUCUACUCCAACUGGACCCCCUGGCACACAUGGAUUUCCUACUCAAGGCAACUCUUUGCUGUCGCGUCCAUCUGAAUCUCCUGGACCACCUGGACCUCUUGGUUUUGACAACCCAGUAGCAUCCCCUCCACCUCUAUCUCCUGGUCCUGACAACCCCCUGACAUCCCCUUCAACUGAACUUCCUGGCCCGGAGAACACUCCAGCAUCCCCUCCACCUGGAUCUCCUGGACCUGAUAACGCUCCAUUAUCCCCUCCGCCUGGCCCUCUUGGCCCUUAUAAUCCCCUGACAUCCCCUCCACCUGGAUCUCCUGGACCUGAUAACUCCCCAGCAUCCCCUCCACCUGUAUCACCUGGACCACAUGGAUUUCCUGGUCCUGACAUCCCCCUGACAUCCCCUUCACCUGUACCUCCUGAUUCUGACAACCUCCUGACAUCCCCUUCAGCCGGACUUCCUGGCCCUGAGAACACCCAAGCAUCCCCUCCUCCCGGGCCAGCUGAAUCACCAGAACCUGAGAACACCCCAGCAUCCCCUCCACCUGUAUCACCUGGACCACAUGGAUUUCCUGGUCCUGACAUCCCCCUGACAUCCCCUUCACCUGUACCUCCUGAUUCUGACAACCUCCUGACAUCCCCUUCAGCCGGACUUCCUGGCCCUGAGAACACCCAAGCAUCCCCUCCUCCCGGGCCAGCUGAAUCACCAGAACCUGAGAACACCCCAGCAUCCCCUCCACCUGUAUCACCUGGACCACAUGGAUUUCCUGGUCCUGACAUCCCCCUGACAUCCCCUUCACCUGUACCUCCUGAUUCUGACAACCUCCUGACAUCCCCUUCAGCCGGACUUCCUGGCCCUGAGAACACCCAAGCAUCCCCUCCUCCCGGGCCAGCUGAAUCACCAGAACCUGAGAACACCCCAGCAUCCCCUCCACCUGUAUCACCAGGACCACAUGGAUUUCCUGGUCCUGACAUCCCCCUGACAUCCCCUUCACCUGUACCUCCUGAUUCUGACAACCUCCUUACAUCCCCUUCAACUGGACUUCCUGGCCCGGAGAACACUCCAGCAUCCCCUCCACCUGGAUCUCCUGGACCUGAUAACUCCCCAGCAUCCCCUCCAUCUGGCCCUUUUGGCCCUUAUAAUCCUCUGACAUCCCCUUCAACUGGACUUCCUCACCCUGAGAACACCCCAGCAUCCCCUCCACCUAUAUCACCAGGACCACAUGGAUUUCUUGAUCCUGACAUCCUCCUGACAACCCCUUCACCUGGACCUCCUGGAUUUCCUGGUACUGAAAACCCCUCAGCCUCACCUCUGCCUGGAGUUACUGGCCCUGACAUCCCCUCCACAUGA